GUAAGAAGAUGCUGGUCCUUUUCGAGGUCGCAGCCGGUUAUGCAGUAUUCAAGCUCAGCAAUGAGAAGAAGCUGAAGAAUGUGGAUAACAUCUGGGAGGAGUUCAGCACUGCCGAGAAGGCUCAAGAAAACUUGCAACUGGUUUCUUUCAAGAAGUUCAAGACUACCGCUGGAGCCGUCGAGGCUACUUCCGAGAUCACAGAGGGAAAGCUCAGCAAGACGUUAAAGAAGCUUUUGAAGUCGAGCGUCGACGAGACCGAAAAAUUGGCUGUCGGUGAUGCCAAGCUCGGAAACUUGAUCAAGGAGAAGCUCUCUUUGAAUUGCGUCCAUGACAGUUCCAUCAACGAGCUGAUGAGAGGAGUUCGCGCUCAUAUCGAAGACUUGCUCGCCGAGCACAAGGAAGAGAUGAAUGCCAUGAAUCUCGCCGUGGCUCACUCGCUCGCUCGUUACAAGGUCAAAUUCAACCCAGAAAAGAUCGACACCAUGAUCGUGCAGGCUGUUUCUUUGCUCGAUGAUCUUGACAAGGAGUUGAACAACUAUGUUAUGCGUGUCAGAGAAUGGUACGGAUGGCAUUUCCCAGAGCUCGGAAAGACUAUCCAAGAUCAUCAAGCUUAUGCUAAGAUUAUCAAGGCCAUUGGCAUGCGACAGAACUGCAUCAACACCGAUUUGUCAUCGAUUCUUCCAGAGGAGUUGGAGGAGAAGGUCAAAGAGGAUGCUGAGAUUUCAAUGGGAACUGACAUUUCUGAUAUUGAUCUCAUUCACAUCAAGGGUCUUUGUGACCAGGUCAUCGAGCUCUCUGCCUACCGUGCUCAACUCUUCGACUACCUCAAAAAUCGCAUGACUGCUCUCGCUCCAAAUCUCACAGUUCUUCUCGGAGAGCUCGUCGGAGCCCGUCUCAUUUCUCACGCUGGAUCUCUCGUUUCGUUGGCCAAGGCACCAGCCUCGACGAUUCAAAUUCUUGGAGCCGAGAAGGCUCUUUUCCGUGCUCUCAAGACGAAGAAGGAUACUCCAAAGUACGGAUUGAUCUACCACGCUCAACUUAUCACACAAGCCCCACCAAAGGUCAAGGGAAAGAUGGCUCGUAAGCUCGCUGCCAAGUGCUCUCUUGCCACUCGUAUCGACGCACUUUCCGACGAAUCCGCCACCAACGAGAUCGGAAUCGAAUGCCGUGCCGCCCUUGAGAACGUGCUCAGAACCGAAUCAGAACGUGGGCCAUCCAAAAAUAAGAGCUUUGGAUCCCACCGACACGACAAGUACGAGUUCAAGAGUGAAACAUACGAAUACGACGCGUCUGCUGACACUCCAGCCAGUCGCAAGCACAAGAGAUUCGAUGAUAACGAGGAAAGCACGAACGCAAUCAAGAAGAUGAAGAUCGAAGAGGUUAAGGAGGAAGAUGAAGCAGAGCCAGAGAAGAAAAAGAAGAAGAAGGAAAAGAAAGCAAAGAAGGCCGAUACUGAUUCUGAUGAAGAAUAGAUGCAAUUGGGGUGCCGACGAGAGUGAUAAUCCGUUUCUUUUGUUGUAAUUCGUGUUUCUGUACCACGAAGACUGUAUGUUCUUGUUGAUUUGACUCGUUAUUUCUUGCUAGUAUCAGGUUUAUCAGAUUUUCCCCAUUGUUAACACAUUCUAUCUGAAAUCUCUUCAAACACAAAAACUGUCUCCUCCUCAAAUUAAUUUUUAUCGUAAUCACUUGUUUUUUCUUUUUACAAUUCUUUGCCCUUGUUGUUUUCCUUAUUUGUUAUGUUGUCCUUUCCAAAAAAAAAUGUUGAGAUAAAAAUUGGUUUCAAAA